AUGCUCUGUUCUCUGCCGUCCCCCGUCUCCCCCGUCUCGCCCGUCGCCGUCUCUUCAAACCCCAGCCUGCCCCCUCGCAUUCUCUCCGAUUCUUCCCGCUUCACCGUUCUUCCCCCUUCCGCCUCACCCGCUCCACCGUUUCUUCCCCGUGCGCGCAUUCCCUCGCGCCCCUCGCCUCCCGUGACCGCCGCUCUGCCGCCAUGCGGCAGAGAGCGCUGGACGCGCGCGCGGGGGGGAUUGGCGGCGAGGAGGAGGGCCACAGUGGCCGCGGCGCACGUAGCAGGCGGGGGAAGUGGAGGAGGCGAUGACGGGGAAGGCACGGCGGUAGCGGGCAGCGCGUACCUUUGCGUGUUCCCCCUCAGCGGAGUGUGUCUGCCAACUCAUUCCGGGGCACUCAACGUGUUCGAGCCGCGCAUGCUGCAGCUGAUGGACGUGAUCACGUACGUGGCGGCGUCCCCCUCCUCUCCCCCCUCUGUGCUGCCGCGCUUCGCCCUGCUGCCCUCCUCCUGGACCACCGCGCUCGCCGCCGCUGCUGCCAUGCAGCAGGGGGGCAGCGGUGCAUGGCAGGGGGGAGGAGGGUUGGCUGGCGGGGGUGCUUUCACGUGGGAAGGGGAGCUGCGUGGGGAAGGGGAGGACGGUGGGGGGUCGACGUGGUUUGGAGGUGGGGGGCGAGGGAGCAGAGAUGGGGUUGCAGAGGAGGGGGUGGGGCAAGGCAGUGGGGAGUGGAGGAGUGUGGAGGAGGUGUUGAGAGAUGCGCCUGUGGGAUGUUCCUGUGUGGUGAGCGCACGCCCGUAUGCUGCUGCCCUCAUGCACCGCUUCUGUCUCACAAGUAUUGACAUUGCUUGGCACGUGUCAUCGGUUCUCGUGCUGUGUUGUGCUGCCGCUUCAACCAUGCACCAGUGUGCCUCGUGCAGCCCAUCCCUCAUAGCAAUCCGGCUUCACUCCCACGCCCAUCGCCUGGGUCCUCUCCCUCCUCCCACCCACACCCACACCCCUCCCCUCCCCUCCCCUCCCUCCCCUCCCCUCCCCUCUCCUCCCCACUUGCAGGUGCACUCGUCGCACACUGCGCCAGACGACUCUCGCCUGGUGACAUACGAGGCGACUCACCGCAUUGUCCCGCGGGCCAUGCGCCGUGUGCACCCCUUCCUCGUGCUGCUCUGCCACCCGCUGCACGACCACCCGCCGCUGCCCGUCAAUUCACCAGCCCCAGCAGCACAGCUGUACGCCGGGCAGGUGGACGCGGCAGAGAGGCACGUGUGGGAGCAACUCAAAGAGGUCGCCUGGCUCUCUGCUGUCCUCGCCCGCACCGGCACUGCCUCUCGCACCUCCUCUUCCUCUGGAAACCAGCAUGAGCAGCAGCAGGGGGCAGGGGGGCCACGGGAUGGUGCCCCACCGCCCUCUGCUGCGGCGUCGCUGCUGCCCGCGGCUGUGCUGCGCUUUGGCCCCGAUGCCAUGUCCGGCACGUCUCGCCGCGCCAACACCACCGCCCAGGCGGCCAAAUCAACGUGGCGGAGCAUGAAGGGUCCCCUGGCCUUGGAGCGGUCUGGUGGUGAGGGGAAGACGGCGAGCACGGGGGGUAGCGCUGCAGGGGGAGGUGCAGGGGCGGAGGGGGCGUGGAAUGACCCGUACUGGGUGGCGCGCGAAGCACUCAGCAAGGCCCGGCGACAAGAGGCGUUCUCUUUCGCUGCCGCUGACAUGGUGGACUUGGAGCAGCAGCAUCGCAACCUGCUGCUGGGCAUGACAUGCACGCUGGAGCGACUGCUAUGGGUGCAAGCAGCCAUCGAGCCUCACCUCGCCUCGCUGCGUGCUGAAAUGUCUCUGGUACUGCUCCCCGCCGCCAUGACGUACUUCCACUUCUUCAACUGCGCCGCGCUCUCCUUCGCGCCGCACCUCAUCUUCUACAAAGCCACGCCGCUGUCGGAGUACGGCACAUGGACGGCUAGUCUCAAGGCGGCGCUCGUCUUCUUCGCCGCCAUGCUGCUUAAGAUGAUCCUGUGGGCGUCGCUGCUGCCCGAGUUCGAUCACGACCCCGCGCUCGCCGCCCCUUCGCACCUAGACGCGCGCCAGGAGGCGUUGCGCGCGGUGAUAGGCGCGGGGGUGGACCUGGCGGGCAUGCGGUACGCGCUGGUGCACGUGAGCCACCGCAACAUGGCCUUUGAACACAAGUUCCAGGCCGUGGGCCUCGGGUGGGCACUGGCGGAGUCAGUGAGCAAGCGCCUGGUGCCGCUGUGGGUGGGGGCGGGCGGCAUGGAGUUCAAAUGGGACUUCCUGCUCGACGCCCUCUCCUCCAACAUCGAACUCGUGUCCACGGUGACCCUCGCAGCGCUGGCCUCGCUGCUCUGGCUGCGCCGCUCCAAGCCGCCUGCCCUCGUGCCGCUCAUCUACAUCGUUGCCUCUCUGCUCGCCGCACUGCCCUUCUCCUCCAGGUCCGCCCAUGCCCUGCUCUCCCCCCUUCUCCCCACCUGCAUUCCCACCACACCUCCAUGCUGUCCCGUGACUCUCACCACCAAUGCUUUCUGGAGCACGGAUUGGGGUGGCAGCCGUACGAGGUGGCAGGUGCGCACCUGGCAGCAUGCAUUGUGGCGGCAAUCAUCACAUGGCGCCUCUUCUCCGCCUGCUCACGCCAACCAGCGCCUGCUUGACACCGUCCCUUCCCCCUCUCCCCCUGCUGUAGCGGUGCUAGGUUGGUGA